CGGGAAGGUCGGACUUGGAUUCGAAAAGUGAACAUUCACGAACUUAGGCGGGUUGUAUUUUGUUGGGUGCAAAACGAAUCCCUUGAAAUUCCCAUAAAAAACCUUUAUCCAUCAUGAAUAAGUGACAUGGAACUUUUUAUCGAGCAAAUGAUCGUAAAUUAAUUAUCGAAGUUUUAAUCCCAUGUUCGGAGCGCGGAGGACAAUAAUGAACGAACCAAGGACAAAGAGAGGUCGAGACGAGUGAACGAACAAGCGGAAAUAAUAUGUAAUGCCUGGUGAAAUAUUCGUCCCCCUACCGAUCCGAAACCGAGAUGGAUGGACACAGCGCUGGCACGGUCGCUGUACUCGGAACUGUCGGAGCCGCGACUGGGGCUAUAUCGGCGAUGUUGGUUUACGCUAUGUGCAUUCGCCGACGACGUUUCCCAAUGUUCGCGACCGGUGGUGGACCCCUCAAUUGGUUCGAAAGAGACCUGCUGGAUAGAGCGAAAGAAGCAGCUAAGUCGCCGGAAGAAGAAUUCAUCGAAUUGGGAAACGUAGCGAGCGCUGGUCUCAACUUCGAUAACAACAAGAGUCAGAUUGACGGCAACGAGCUCGAGGGGGUUGAGUGGGUGCGACGGGAUCCUCCUUAUGACACGAGCAUCCUCGAUUCACGGGAAGUUAUUCAACGAUUGUCGGAGGGCGGAGAUGACGAUCCUCCAAGAACGCCGGUGAGCCCAAUCGCUCCACCGCUCCCCGAGGGCGCUGUCGCUGCAUCGGACGAUCGUAUGGUCAUCGUCAAACCCCAACCGAGGGCAUCAACGGGCUCGAGAUUGAGCAGCGUCGAAAGCGAAGCUGCAGCUUUCCAAAAACAAUCUUCAUGGUCGUCUUCGUCAUCGCUGGACGAAGUCGGGGGCGAAUUGCAGUUGAGCAUAGCUUAUGAUUCUUCGGCUGGAAUUCUCACGGUUCGAUUGCUCGAGGCUCGAGAUCUUCGUCCAAGGGAAUUAAGCGGUACGGCUGACGUGUAUGCCAAAAUUCGUCUGCUGCCAGAUCGAAGUAACACCUGGCAGACUCGAGUACACAGUCGCACUUUGAAUCCUGUUUUCGACGAAGAUUUUGUCUUCGAGACGACUUCUUUGACCGGCAUGACCUUGGAGGUUCUUCUCUACGAUUUCGAUCCUGUCUCAAGACAUCGUGGAAUCGGUUACAUUCGAGUUAAACUUCCCCUGGGACCGGAACUCCUCGACACGAAACCAGUCCUUUUGACCAAACCGAUACUUCGAUACGGAGCUGAGGGGAGCAUUUAUCGAGCGGAUCCACUCGGCGAACUUAUGGUUUCACUCUUCUAUGAUUCAGCCGCUGCCAAACUCACUGUUAUCGUUGUCAGAGCGAUAAAUUUGUCGGAUACCGAUGAAAGUGGAAAUUCCUCUGGACUGCUUGUGAAGGUGACGAUAUUGAAGGAUGGAAAAGCUUUGAAGAGGAAAAGAACAGCUGUGAGUCGAGAAGUAAGCAGUCCGGUAUGGAACGACGUUUUGACGUUUGACCUUGGCGACGAUAAGUUCGGAGCUUGUAGCCUGGAGUUUGUAAUUUUAAAAACGAGUGGCGAGCUGAUAGGACGUUGCGAAGUGUCAUCGAAAUAUCGAAAAGAUCUUUUUCAACGAGUGCUCGCCGGCAAAGGAGCUUCGGUUCAAUGGAUCACGUUGACCGGACCUGAGAAAAGAGGCGGAUAAUUUGACCACUUUUUCCCUGCUCAAGGAAAAACGAUUGCUUGAAAGGAACAAAAGAAUAACAAAACAAAAGUAAAUUGAUGUUAGAACCGAGAGCAAUUUGGAGACAAAGUUCUUUGGCGAAACAAUGUUAAUUCGGUCGUCCAAAGUGACGAUGCAAGCGAUCCACUAUUUGUCUCGGUGAACUGUAACAAAGGCGAAUGGAAAUUUCGUCUGGCUGAAAACGCACGAAACGUUAUUCAGCUUUCUUCUUACCAUUUCCUCCCUACCGCAACGAAAUUAAAUCUCUGAAAUUUGCUUCUGAUGCUCUAAAACACAAAUGCAAAAAAAAUCUAAAUCAAGUUUUCGUUGUUGACGAAUUUGAAAAAAAAUAUUCAGAUUUCCUUCGCCGAGCGACUUGGUACUCGCUGUUGCACUACAGAGACCUGCAAAAAUUCGUUUAAGAUAGUUUUUAAUCGCGCACCCGCACUCUGGUGAACGCUUUGUGAAAAAUGGCUUUUUACAAACUUUUUUGUUGCAUUUUGCUUAAAAUUGUAUUCGAAAAAUCUCAAACAUCUUCUCUUCUCGACUUUCCUCUUUAUACUCUCGUCAAAACGUACAAAUUUUUGUUUCAUUAUUUCAACAGAUCUUUAAAAAAGCUCAGUAUAAAAAAUCGCACAACUUUUUCCAUUUUUACACUUAAAAUGAAAUUCUGGUGAUCACAAUUUCCGAUUUUUCAAGCUUAUAAGAUUGCACAUUUCUCAAUACUCGUAUAGAUUAAAAUAUGACACGAAUCCUUCUAAUUUUUCCACUCUCAAUCACUAAAAUACGUCAUUAUUUCCUGAAAAACUACCACAAAUUCAGGACUCCAACGAUAGCAAAAAAAAAAAAUAUUUACGAAAAGGAUUCAAAUAACAAAUCUUCCGAAUUUCGUUCUAUUUCAAAUCCAUUCCAAACACGAAAUUCAGUAAAAAAAAAUGACAUUCCAUCAGAAUUUCAGCAUUUGACGAAUUCAACCGAAUGUCGACUUCCAAAAAGAUUACUUAAAAAAUUGUGUGAAAAAUUAUUCUUUUCCAAUAUCGAUUAACAGUAAAUCGAGUUCCUGAUCCCGCUACGAAAAUAAACAUGAAAACAUUUGAUAAAAAACCGAAUAUUUUUCAGAUCUUGAAAUGAAAUCGUCAAGUACGGAAAUGUUAAUGGAAUUGAAUUUCAAUUCGUAACUAGAAAUACGUAAAACAUUCACAGGGUCUCAAAAAUUUCCUGUGCAAGAAUAACGACUAUUGCCAAAAGUUUGUAAAAACAAUUUCUCGAAUGAACGUCACUCGUUUGCUGGGAACGCCAGUACUGUAAUUAUCUGAUUCUUCGGUACCCAUGUCAUUAUGUAUCAAAUUAAAUGUACGUAUAUAGAUACAAAAAUAACAAAUUUGGAUGUUUGUUCGCGAGAAUGAAAUUUACCCAAAUAUGGCGUAUUUUAACUAAAGAAAGAAGGACGAAAAGGAAAAAAUCCGACGCGACAGUCGAUUGUGAAAACAUUUCGUUGUACGAUUAAUUUUAAGCAUAAAGAGAGAAAUCUAUUAUAUACAAAUAUAUACUAUUGAACACAAAAAAAACAAAAUAUUAAUGAAUAAUGAUCGAUGUGAAUUGAAUAUUGAUGUUGAUUAUCCAUCAACUUGUAUAAUAAAACAUUACCUCGAAAUACACCCGGAAUAUCGUGUUGCAAUAGAAACAUCAUUCGAGUCGCCGCACUCUAACUUUUUGGGAAAGGAAAAGAAUUGGCCAGUGGGCACAACUUUUUGAAGUAGUUUUCUUCCUAUUUCACGAGUCGCGAGUCAUUCUCCGAUUUCAAAUACCUAAACGUUGGUUUCCGACUCGAAUGAUAUCUUUAUAAAACCGGCGAUAUUUCUAAGGUACUAGAACUGAAAAAAGGUUGUAUCAAACCACGUGACGAUACGUUUAUUGAAUAAUUCACGGGACCAGAGCAAGGGAUCGCACUUUUGAAUCAUUUGUCUGUAUCCUCAAUUUCUUUUUCAGUUUUUUUUUAAAUUUUAUUUAUUGUUUUGUCAUUUUACAUAGUAAAAAUGAUGUCACCGACGAUACCUGAGUUUAACCGAAGAAACCUGUAACAGAAGAGUGAAAUGUUCUCGUUAAAAAUGGCACUAAAAUACGCGACAAGAAUAAUCGGAAAUAUUUUUUGAUAUGUUAUUCUCAUUCAAAAAUUGUGUCCUCACAGUAUUUUUCAGUAGCUAACACAUGCUUUGAAUAAUCAUUGAAUUUUCUUGGCAAUAAACGAAUGUGUAGAUAUUCGUUGUGUGUGACA